AUGCUGGCGAAAGGGUUGAAGCGCAUCGUCCCCGUUGUCGGCGUGGUGCUGGUGCUCGCCGUACUAGGGCUUCAAUUAUACCAUCGCAACUAUCUCCAUCGCAGUAGUAGUGCUCCUUUCGGCCAUUCCUUUCCCAGGCCUGAUGAAAGCCCCAGUCCGGAUCCUAGCGGAAAUCGCUGGGGUCAGCAAUAUGAACAACCACAAUAUGAGGACCAACACACGGGUCUCGAUGCAUCGUCGGACCCCAAGAUAGACAUGUCCACCACCCAUACGGAACUGUACUCCGUAUCGACCCCAGACAAGAAGUUGUUCAAGAUCGACUUUGCCGGCCGACAGGCCAUUAAUCCCAGUAUCAUCCCCCAUCCCGAGCAGCCGAAUACAUGGAUCAUCACCGCGCAACUGCACAAGCCUGCCGACAAGCACAAGAGCUCGGUCUGGUUCGCCGAACUGGUCUGUGACGCUGUCUUUCGGGAUGGCGGACGAACCCUCGGCUGUGUUGAGCCUCCCUUGAUCCUUCCGAUCGCUGCGACGGUCGGCGAUAGUAACAACUGCUUGGGCGACCUGUCGUACUUCACGCUCAACAUCGGGCCACAUGAUGCGCGUGUCUUCUAUGGGCCCGAAGCACCGUACGCCGUCUAUGGGUCGAACUCCCAAUUCACCUGCUUUGGACAAUGGAUCCAUGACUUCCGACCCCUGGUCGACUGGAAGGGGGACGUGGAUUUCUUGUCCGAUCAUGGGUUCCGCCAGGCCACCGAGUUGCAACGUCCCCUUCCCUACGGGGCCGUCGAGAAGAACUGGUUCCUCUUCUGGGACGCUACCGGACAAGCGUAUGUGCAUUACGAUGUGGCUCCCAACCGGGUCUUCGCUCGGCUGGAGCUUGACGGCUCGGUCGGUCCAGACUUAGCACCUCUUGCGGCCGCGACCGACCUGCAGUGUUUACGACGACACCUCCCGGCAUUGAAGGACGCCGAGUUGGAGUCGAUUCACCAGGCGACCAACUCUUUGACCAUCACACUCUGUCAGCGAUCGGAUCCGCUGUGCCAGGCCACCGACCUCAAUACGUUCAUCCUCACCAUCUUCCAGCACAAGAGUUUCUAUGCAUUCCAUAGCGUGUACGAGCCAUAUGUCAUGCUCUUCCGCCGGUCGGCUCCGUUCGAUGUCCAUGGCAUAUCAACCAAGCCCCUCUGGAUCUCAGGUCGUGGCACUCCUGGUCAUGGCAAGAAACCGAAGGCGCUGACUACGGGAGAGUCACAGGUAUGGGACCACACGGAGAUGUUGUACGUGACUUCCAUCAGCUGGAAAGCGCCGGGCAACAAGUACCAUGGGUACUUAGACGAUGUGAUGUUCCUCGCCUUUGGCCGGGAGGAUGAGGAUACGGCUGGGAUUGAUAUUGUCGCUGGUGAUUUAAUGAAGGAUAUAGGGCUUUGCGGGAUGUUGUGA